UCAAAGUCGUCGAUUUUUGAUUUUUUGUUGAUUCUUGUUGUUGUCUAUAUGUACAUGUCGGUUUGGUUGACAUUCGUUUCAAAAAAAGUGAAGAUAAGAUAUAUACAAUUGCAGAACUUGGGUAUUUUGCCCCCCGCCCCCCAACGCUGCCGCCCCCUCGGGUUUCGCUGGUGCGCAAGAGCGUGGUUGCGCAAUGUGGUCUGGGCCGCGAACACAUAUAUAGUGCAUUGGCAAUGCGUUUCUUCCCUUGUGGGAAACCAUGGUUUUUUUCACAGGGAGUAUGCUUGUUUUCCCCACUGGGUUAUGCCGUAUGGCCGGCUCGGGCAAUGCUCGU